AAAACUCGUGUUACUGAGUCUAGCGAUAGUGACAUUAAAAAGCUGAUGGCAAGUGCUGUUCCGGAAAGUACAAAAAAGUCACCAAAACAUGCUAUCAAUGUCUUUGAAGGUGAAGAAAGUCACGAGUAGAUCAAACGUAGUCCUACGCAAAUUUAAGCCGAGUCAUUUUAUAAAAUAGAGAUUUAAUACACUGUGAUUACUAACUAUAAAAUAGACCAACCGUUCACGUCCAACUUUAGAGGAAGGAGAGAAAAACUUGCAGUCGCACUUGAAAACAUGGAGCCGGCAGAACUGUCAACCAUGUUGAAACGCUUUUUACGCAGAAGCCACUGAGAAAAGUCAGAGGAAGGAAAACCAUACAGUCGCAACUCUGUGAAAGCCAAUUCAUUCCGAGCUUCAGUUAA